GCCAAAGGAAACCACAGUAAACGAAAACUUCAUUUUCAUUUCUUUUACCAUUUCCUCUCUCGAUUUCUCGGUGACUUCGCCGGAGAUCGCCUGGCCGGAAAAUUCGAGGUCGUCACCGGGGGAAAUGGAGUGUGCGGGCACCGGUGAGGUUCUGAACCGUAGUUGCAUAGCCGUAGCUUAUUUCGGGAACCCUAAACGAUUCUUCUAGCCCUAAGCAAAAGCGACUUUGCUUAGAAGAGUUUGGAAGUUAUUCCAUGCUUUGUCUCGCAAAUCGGCAGCAAAAAUCUAUAUAAUAAGGGAAGAUAAAGAGGUUAAGCUUUGAAGAUGGAGGAGAAAAGUUGAUAUAAAGAUAGCAGUAGAAGUGUGGGAAUUUUCAUGAUCGUCAUGCCUUUUCCGAUGAAGAUCCAGCCAAUUGACUCGUAUACACAUGAAGAAUCGCUACGGUGCGAGACUGUUAAGCCGGUGGUGAAGUCGCGGCUCAAGCGGCUGUUGGAGCGGCAGUUCCCGAGCGUUCUGAGGAUUAAUGCGGUGGAGAAGACCGGCGUUGAGGAGUCGCAUUUCAGCAAAGAUGGCAUCUCUACCGAGUUCGAGCCCAGCUCAGUUUGCCUAGCGAAGAUGGUUCAGAAUUUCAUCGAAGAGAGCAACGAGAAGCAAUUGCCUCCGGUUAGGUGUGGCCGGAAUCGCUGCAAUUGCUUCAACGGGAAUUGUACGGACAGCUCGGAGGAUGAAUUCGACUUUUACGGGGGCGGUUUCGGUGACUCUACUCUCACAUCAUCAGGCGAAGCAUGCGAAAUUCUAAAGAGCCUGGUUCCUUGUGCUAGUAUUCGUGAAAGAAAUCUGUUGGCGGACACUGCGAAGAUUGUUGAGAAGAACAAGAUCUGCAAGCGAGAAGAUGACUUUUGCAGAAAGCUCGUCACUGACGGUUUACUAGCUCUCGGUUACGAUGCGUCAGUCUGCAAAUCUCGUUGGGAGAAAUCGUCCUCUUAUCCCGCCGGAGAAUAUGAGUACAUAGACGUGAUCGUGGAAGGGGAAAGGUUGCUGAUCGACAUCGAUUUCAGAUCAGAAUUCGAGAUCGCUCGCUCGACCAAAUCAUACAAAGCAAUCCUCCAAACACUGCCCCACAUAUUCGUGGGCAAACCGGAUCGUCUACAGAAGAUCAUCUCGAUCGUGUCGGAGGCUUCGAGGCAGAGCCUGAAGAAGAAAGGCAUGCACUUUCCUCCCUGGAGGAAGGCCGAGUACGUCAAAUCCAAAUGGCUCUCUCCUUACACCAGAACCACACCAACCUCAAUACUGACUCCAACCAAUAAUUCCGAGACCCACCCCAAGAGUGAUAAAAAUCAAGCCUUGAUCCCAACCAAGAGCUCCUCCGGCGAGCUGGAAAUAAUUUUCAGGGAGGACAACUCUGGUCCCGACGAUUCCAUGUUUGUACUGUCAGAAAGCUCCGUGGAAGAAGAGAAGACGGAAAACACAGCAGCGGCGAAGCAAUGGAGCCCACCAGAGAUCAAACCCAAGAAGAGUCUGCAGAUCGCCGGCAAUAUCGUAACUGGUUUCGCUUCUGGCCAUGAAAAAUUUUGAUUUUUUUUUUAAUUUUUUUUUUUACUUUUUCUGGUUCCGAGAAUCAGAUAUCGUAUAUGGUAUAACCUUUGAAUCCCCUUCUCCUUUUUGUUUGUAAGGGUCUGAUCUACUAAUAUGAAUAAUAAUGAUAAUAGAAAAAACUAAAAUAGCGCAAAAAAAAAAAAAAAAAAAAAAAAAAAAAUCAUUCCUCCCCCUUUCCCUUCUUUUUUUUUUGUGUGGGUUUUUUUGUAAGGGUUUGAUCCAUGAAUAUGAAUAAUAGUUUGAAUUUUUCC